GAAGAAGUCAAGUCCACCUCCGUAAGUCACCUCACUGCUGACGAGCAGGAAUGUGAAGACCACUUCAAGACCACUCACUCUCGACUUCCUUCUGGACGAUACAUGGUAAGACUCCCAUUAAAAUCAUCAUCUAAUCUUUUGGGAUCUUCCAGACAACGUGCCUUCCGAUGCCUCCAAGGACAAUUUCGCAAGUUCGAGGGAAACCAAGAAUAUUGCCAGCUCUACAAGGACUUCCUCACUGAAUAUGAACAACUCGAGCACAUGAAGAAGGCUCCCUCAGACAUCUCGCAUCCCAGAUACUAUUUGCCGCAUCAUGGAAUUCUCAAACCAGACAGCUCCUCCACCAAAUUGCGAGUAGUUUUCAAUGGUUCCAGUCCCACCUCAACAGGCCUCUCACUGAACGACAUCAUGCACACAGGAGCGAAACUUCAGUUAGAUGUUAUUGAUGUAUUGUUCUGGGUACGUCGCUUUAAAUUUGUGUUUUCCACAGACAUCACGAAGAUGUACAGACAGAUCAUGGUGCAUCCAGACGAUUGGGAUCUCCAAUGCAUUCUCUGGCGAAACUCAGAAAAUGAGAUAGCGACGUACCACCUCACCACCGUCACCUAUGGAACCAAGGCUGCUCCUUUCUUGGCUAUUCGAGUCCUCCUCCAGCUCAUCGAAGAUGAAGGUCACAAGUAUCCACUCGCCAUUCCACCACUCACCAAAGGUCGCUAUGUUGAUGAUAUCUAUGGUGGUGCAGACACGAAAGAAGAACUCUCAGAAAUCACUCUCGACUUGAAAAAUCUCUGCAUGGCGGGCGGCCUCCCCUUAGCAAAGUGGCAAUCGAACUCUCCAAGUACGCUCAAGAUGGUAACCGAGGAAGAAAUGAUACCAUCGCCGAUCUCAUUUGACGACUGUCCUACUUCAACGAAACUUCUAGGCCUACUCUGGUAUCCUCAAGAGGAUUACUUCUUAUUCAAGAUCAACUCAAGCUCAUCUGGGUCUGUGGUAACUAAACGUACUAUGUUAUCUCAUAUCGCUCAACUCUUUGAUCCACUUGGUUUAGUAUCCCCUGUCACGAUCAGGGCCAAAAUGUUGUUGCAGGAACUUUGGCUCCAGAAACUGUCAUGGGACGAACCACUGUCACCUCAACUCACAGAAAGAUGGUGUAACAUCAGAGAAGAUCUCAAAUCAUUGAUCAAUGUACGAGCACCUCGCUGGGUAGGCACCCAAGAAAAUGCUACCAUAGAACUUCACGGCUUCUCUGAUGCUUCUCAACUUGCCAUGGCAGCAGUGCUCUAUCUCGUAGUCCGCUCACCGUCCACAGGAUCCAAAGUCACAUUGCUCUGCUCGAAAACAAAAGUAACGCCGUUGAAACGCCUCACAAUCCCGCGACUCGAACUCUCAGCAUCUCUCAUCCUGGCCAGGUUAACUAAUUAUGCUCAUCGUGUUUUAGAUACACAGAUACACUCAACGACUUUGUGGACGGACUCAACAGUCUCUCUCACGUGGAUCACAUCUCACCCAGCUCGCUGGAAGGACUUUGUUCGAAACAGGGUAGAGCUCAUCCAAGACCUAACUCCAACUGCGCAAUGGAGAUACGUUUCCGGCAAGGAAAAUCCAGCGGGCAGUGCUUCUCGUCAUCUCAACUACUGAACAGCACUCUAUGGUGGACGGGACCACCAUGGAUUUCCAAGUCACCAGAUUCCUGGCCCAAUCGUCAGCCGGCAACGACAAUUGACCCCGAAUCUGAAGCAAGACCC